AUGCUCAGAAAAUUUGGGCUUGAAAAUGUGAAAGAAGUGUCAGUUCCUAUGGGUCAGCACUAUAAUAUCUCAAUGGACCAAAGACCAAAAUCUGAUGCAAAAGCAGCUGAAAUGCAGAAGAUACCUUAUGCAAGUAUAAUUAGCAGUGCUAUGUAUGCUAUGAUUAGCACAAGGCCUGACAUAGCUCAAGCUGUGUCUGCAACCAGCAGGUACAUGUCAAACCAUAGGAAGGAGCACUGGUUAGCUCUGAGGUGGUUGAUGAAAUAUCAGAAAGGAGCCAGCAACAUUGGAAUCUUGUUUGAUGGUGCAAAGGAGUGUACAGAUGAUGCUUUGAUGGGGUGGUCAGAUUCUGAUUAUGCAGGAAACAUAGACACUAGAAGGUCCCAGUCUGUCUACAUAUUUACACUCUAUGGUGCUGCUAUAAGUUGGAAGAGUAGCCUUCAAGCUGUGGUUGCAUUGUCCACAACAGAGGCAGAAUUUAUGGCUCUAGCAGCUACAGUCAAGGAGAGUUUCUGGCUCAGGGGUAUAUUGAAAGACUUUGGAUAG